AUGAGGCAGAAUGAACAGUUCAUGAGCAUUUUUGAAGUCUUUAGAGAUCUGAUAAAGGAGCUUGUUAGAGGUGAAGGACGUUCAAAAUGCAGAGCACAUGGAGAUCCCACUGUUCUAGAGCUGGUGGGUCUACAGGAUCUUCACCAAAGUUCAUGGUAUUCAGUGGCAUGGUAUCCCAUUUAUAGAAUACCUGAUGACACUCUUCGUGCGGCUUUCUUGACUUACCAUUCACUUGGCCAUUUGGUACGCAGAGACCUCAUAUAUGAUUCGUCGGUGGAUACUUGUAUAGUUUCUCCGGUUGUGGGCCUCCAGAGCCACAAUGCUCAGGGUGAAUGCUGGUUCCGUCCUAGGCUCCCUGAAAAAAUUCCGACAGCUGACACUCGGAGAAUUUUGAAAGAGCGAUUGAGGAUUCUCGAGCAGACAACAUCUCUUAUGGCUCAUGCUGUUAUUUUAAAAGGAAGUCAGACAUUUGUAAACAGACAGCCUGAUUACGAGUUCUUUCUGUCUAGGAGAACCUAG